AGAGGUUACUGUGACUUUGCCCCUGAAGGAUCUGUCCACAACUUCGGAACUCACACAGCUUUUGGCCUGAGCCCCCGUUACCAAGAGAAAGGAGGUUUUUGCCAAGGACUCCAAGGGGAGUGCACUUGAUGCUGGUCGGGACCCAAAGCACCCAGCCCUCCCUGAGACAUUGUGUGAGUCGGGCUGGGCCUCAAACACGGCCCCCACUGCCCCACCCCAGCCAGGGUGGUGCUUGUGUGGGAAGGACUUUAAAUCCAGCUGCCAGACCCCUGGACGGGAGAAGGAGAGACGGCUGGCCACCAUGCACGGCUCCUGCAGUUUCCUGAUGCUUCUGCUGCCGCUACUGCUACUGCUGGUGGCCACCACAGGCCCCGUUGGAGCCCUCACAGAUGAGGAGAAACGUUUGAUGGUGGAGCUGCACAACCUCUACCGGGCCCAGGUAUCCCCGCCGGCCUCAGACAUGCUGCACAUGAGAUGGGACGAGGAGCUGGCCGCCUUCGCCAAGGCCUACGCACGGCAGUGCGUGUGGGGCCACAACAAGGAGCGCGGGCGCCGCGGCGAGAAUCUGUUCGCCAUCACAGACGAGGGCAUGGACGUGCCGCUGGCCAUGGAGGAGUGGCACCACGAGCGUGAGCACUACAACCUCAGCGCCGCCACCUGCAGCCCAGGCCAGAUGUGCGGCCACUACACGCAGGUGGUAUGGGCCAAGACAGAGAGGAUCGGCUGCGGUUCCCACUUCUGUGAGAAGCUCCAGGGUGUUGAGGAGACCAACAUCGAAUUACUGGUGUGCAACUAUGAGCCUCCGGGGAACGUGAAGGGGAAACGGCCCUACCAGGAGGGGACUCCGUGCUCCCAAUGUCCCUCUGGCUACCACUGCAAGAACUCCCUCUGUGAACCCAUCGGAAGCUCGGAAGAUGCUCAGGAUUUGCCUUACCUGGUAACUGAGGCCCCAUCCUUCCGGGCGACUGAAGCAUCAGACUCUAGGAAAAUGGGUACUCCUUCUUCCCUAGCAACGGGGAUUCCGGCUUUCUUGGUAACAGAGGUCUCAGGCUCCCUGGCAACCAAGGCUCUGCCUGCUGUGGAAACCCAGGCCCCAACUUCCUUAGCAACGAAAGACCCGCCCUCCAUGGCAACAGAGGCUCCACCUUGCGUAACAACUGAGGUCCCUUCCAUUUUGGCAGCUCACAGCCUGCCCUCCUUGGAUGAGGAGCCAGUUACCUUCCCCAAAUCGACCCAUGUUCCUAUCCCAAAAUCAGCAGACAAAGUGACAGACAAAACAAAAGUGCCCUCUAGGAGCCCAGAGAACUCUCUGGACGCCAAGAUGUCCCUGACAGGGGCAAGGGAGCUCCUACCCCAUGCCCAGGAGGAGGCUGAGGCUGAGGCUGAGUUGCCUCCUUCCAGUGAGGUCUUGGCCUCAGUUUUUCCAGCCCAGGACAAGCCAGGUGAGCUGCAGGCCACACUGGACCACACGGGGCACACCUCCUCCAAGUCCCUGCCCAAUUUCCCCAAUACCUCUGCCACCGCUAAUGCCACGGGUGGGCGUGCCCUGGCUCUGAAGUCGUCUUUGCCAGGUGCAGAGGGCCCUGACAAGCCUAGCGUCGUGUCAGGGCUGAACUCGGGCCCUGGUCAUGUGUGGGGCCCUCUCCUGGGACUACUGCUCCUGCCUCCUCUGGUGUUGGCUGGAAUCUUCUGAAGGGGAUACCACUCAAAGGUUGUCCUGUGGCCAACAGCUUCUCUCCCAGACAGAGGAUCUCAGGCUUCCCAGGAACCCCCCGGCCCCUCCCAGUCCCCUGGCCUCUUCCUUGAGCCAUCUGAGUCCAGGACUGUUCCCCAGAAGUGCCUCUUGCCUUCUCAGGGUGAAGAGGUCAGCUGUCCUCCUGUCAUCUUCCCCACCCUGUCCCCAGCCCCUAAACAAGAUACUUCUUGGUUAAGGCCCUCCGGAAGGGAAAGGCUACGGGGCAUGUGCCUCAUCACACCAUCCAUCCUGGAGGCACAAGGCCUGACUGGCUGCGAGCUCAGGGGGCCGCCUGAGGACUGCACACCGGGCCCACACCUCUCCUGCCCCUCCCUCCUGAGUCCUGGGGGUGGGAGGAUUUGAGGGAGCUCACUGCCUACCUGGCCUGGGGCUGUCUGCCCACACAGCAUGUGCGCUCUCCCUGAGUGCCUGUGUAGCUGGGGAUGGGGAUUCCUAGGGGCAGAUGAAGGACAAGCCCCACUGGAGUGGGGUUCUUUGAGUGGGGGAGGCAGGGACGAGGGAAGGAAAGCAACUCCUGACUCUCCAAUAAAAACCUGUCCAACCUGUGGCAA